GUUCAGAGUUUUACUUGGACCUUUGGAUUUCUCUACUGGGUUGUGCAAUUCAAAAGCCAUAGAUGCUGGCCCGUCAGCUGGACGGAGGCCAUUUGUAUGCUUUGAUUGGCCUGUGUCGCACCUCCAAUAUUUGAAAACGGAUUUCAAAACUUUUGGAAUCAAGUUUAUCCGGCAUUUUGUAAUACCUGUCUUUCUUCUUUGCUUCAAACAACUUCAAAUUAGAUGCCAAUAUUUAAAUAGCAGGAAUGUUUGCCUUUAAAAAAAAAAAAAAACUCAAAAACUUUCUUGCCUCAGUUGGGGAGCCUGAAGAGCCUGGCAAAAAUUUUUAGGUCCCCCAAGGGCCAGCUUAGGCUGUGGGGGCCAUCCAGGGCCGCUCUGGGAGCUGCCUAUCUAUUCUCUUUGGCUAUGUAUUACCUGCACUAAGGCCCUGGAAUCAUUAUCACCAGCUCCCAGACAUCCACUUUAGCCUGGUCCUCUGUCUAUGAGGACAGCCUACAGCAUUCCCCAUACAGGAUGGAUUCUCUGAAGGGAUAAUGGAAAUGUCUAGAAGGUUGAAUGAUGUCACAGGGCAGAUUUCCGGCCUCACUCUGUCAACUCUUGACGGUUCAUAUUUCCCGAGUGUGUCUGAGUGACUCAGAGAGGGCUGGGGACCAUUGCUGGGGUCCCCAGCCACCUACCCACAGCACCUUAUACUCUGCCUUGUUCUUGGUUCAUUAAGUGGCUUCCUGGCAGAUUCGGGCUUCAAUUUGGGUUUUUAGGCUUAAGACUAUACGGCAAUUGCUGAGAGCCAAUUAUAAAAUGCCAGAAAGCUUUCAGUACGCUGUGUUCUCCACAGCCACGGGGCAGGGGUUUAGCGGAAAGAAGCCCCGGGUUCAGACCCAGCCCAUCACGAAUCGGCUGUAUCUGAUGCCUCUCUGGGCUUCGCUGUACUGACCUGUGACCAGAGCCUCGUGGGAGCAUGAGUAACUGCUCAGCCCCCCGUUGGUGUACUCCAGGUACCAUGAGCACAGGGGGCCCCAGCUUCCUCAGCCCUCCAACCUUCCUCAUGACUCCGACCACUUCUGGGACCUACACCCCGGCUGCUGACCCUGUGCCGGUUCUCCUCGCCCUGGCCUGCAUUUUUCUGCUGUUGGCCUCUUGCCUGCUCUUCAUGAUGCUGUGUAAGCCCGCGGCGCUGGACCCUGGUCGUCAAGGGGCCCGGGAGUGCAUGCCGCAUCACCCGGUAAGCCCCAGUGAGCCCAGGCUCCGGCUCUGGAAGCGCCUGGGCUCGCUACGCCGUUCUCUGCACAGCUUCCGGCGAGGCAGGCCUGCUGUCCAGCAGUGUCCCCCGCCGCCACCACCGCCGCCGCCGGGCCUUGAUGACCACCGAGGUGACUGUGACUUCACUGAAGCCACCAAGAUGUGAUACAGUGCUCAUCCCCGCACAGGCUCACCUAAGACCAUCCUAUCUCCGAUGGAGCCUGGCCUCACAGACUGUAGGGCAGUGAUGCCCUGGACCCCAUAUCACCCCGGUAUUUCCCUGUGUGUCCAGCCCUUGUUCUUUCCCAGGAGACUCUGGCGGCCCCUGCUUCUGCUUACUAACAGACCCUUGGCUCAAAACACCCACCGGCCUCUAGACCUUUACUCUGCGGCCCCGAGGUAUAACUUGGGGCAUCACAGCUUUUUUGGAAGCUAGGUAUCUACUGAUCCCAGGAAUAGCCCUCUUUGCCCCUCCAGAAGCCUUGCUCAUCUUCUAAAGGCCCAGCUUAGAGCAGCUGCUAAAAGGUUCAGAUACCUCAACCAAGUGGGAUGUUUGCCUACCCUGGGUCUACACUAGCCUGCAUAUCUGUGCUAACCUAGUACUCCAGAGAAAGGGACCCAGGGAUCCUUUUCUUGACUUUCCUGCCCCUUCUUGUGGAUCUGGUUGGUUACCAGAUAGGGGCCUGGCAAGUAUCAAAUCGUGAACCUGGGGACCUCCUUUGUGGCCUCCUGUCAAGACAGAUUGGGAGGGCCUGAAGACAUUAGCCUACAGAAGUUUCCUAUAUGCUGAGUGUGGGAGUUCACACUUGUAAUCCCAGUAUGCAAACAGGCUGAGGCAGGAGGAUUGCUCAAGGUAGCCUGGCUACAAUGUGAAAUCCUAAUUCAAAUGAAAUCAAAACAAGUUGGACAGAUAAAAAAGAGGCUGUUGUCCAAGGCUAGGUGGAGGCUGAAUCACUGGGGUAGGAGGCUGGCCACUGCCAGUACCGGAGAGGAUGCUGUCUGGACUCCGAGGCUGGCACCAUGUCUCACUAGGAAAGAGGUGACCUCCUCUCAGAUAGCAUGGACCAGACCUCUCAGGACAGCGGUAGAAUCAAGACUAGCUGGCACUAGCUGUAUUCUCUGUUAUGGCAACAGCUUCAUCAAAUGACCCGUGGAAGCCGGCCCACUGCAGUGUGGUGUGGGCUGCUGGGAAUCCCAGCCUUCUGUCCCAUCUCCCACGGCCAAGGCCUUCUGCUGUGCCUCAGACUUGAAGAAUGGGCAGAGGGAACCUAAGAUGCUUAGGUCCUGUUCCAGAGUCAAGUGCCCUGGGACCCCAUCCCAGGGCUGCCCACCCCAGCCUGCUAUAACCCAGAGUAAAGUCACCCAAUAUUCCCCAAGACUAAGCUCUGGUUUUGCCAUUCCCUAGAUCCAGAGCCCUCACUGGCUCCCUUUGCCCACUGGAUGUACCCCCUCCAUGGUAUGCAGUGGGAUCUAGGCAGUAGAUCUGUCUAGCCUCAUCCUGGCCAGACACUUGAGGCAACUGAACAACGUGCCCUCCCUGUCUACGGUCUAAGUUUUGCUGGCACCUGCACUGUGAGGCCUUCUUUGUCUCACAACAGAACUGCCCUUCCGUCUGGAGCUCCUCCGGUCUCUCGUCUGUCUCAGGGAGGCCAGCAGCAUGCACAGUCUUGCCUGUCUUCUUUCCUACAAGCCUGGGAGCUACGGGGAGCUGUGUCUUGUCCCAGUACUCACUGCAUCCCCAAGGCAGCAGGCAUCUGCUGUGAGCCUGACCCACACUGACUACCUAGCGUCCCCGGUGAGAACCCUAAAGGAAGGUGGCUCUCCCAGCAUGGGCUCUCCAAG